GAAUGACAACGGCCUACUUUGUUUGUCACGGUUUACACUCAGCAAUUUACAGUUAUAUUAAAUGUGCAAUGUUUACGAAAUGGAAAGGAUGGAAAGUAACAAUAUCUUACGUGAUUGUAAAUUGCAACAAAAGUAAUUAAAAACUGGUAUUUGGAGACAAUUAUUUACUAAAUAUGUUUCAAGUGUAAUAAUAAAUUUAGCCAAAGAAAUCGGUUUUGUUUCUUAACAUCAAAAAUAAUGGGACCACCGAAAAGAUUCAAGAAAGACACAUCAGAUAAACGUUUUGUUAAAAAAACUAAGGAUGAUUAUGAGGAUUAUAUCGAAGAGGAAACCGCUGAUGGGGAACCAGAGGGAAUUCCCACAGCAGCCUCUGUUGAUAUUGAAAAAAGUGGAACAAUUACAGAAGAUGAAUUUGGAGCAAAAGAUUAUCGUGCACUAAUGAGUUUAAAAACAGAUCAUGAAUCCAGAGCUCUAUGGGUCGCACCAAAUGGACAUAUCUUUUUAGAAUCAUUUUCACCAGUUUAUAAACAAGCUCAAGAUUUUUUAGUCGCAAUCGCCGAACCCGUAUCACGUCCUAAAUACAUUCACGAGUACAAAUUGACAGCUUACUCUCUAUAUGCAGCUGUUAGUGUUGGUCUUCAAACACACGAUAUAAUUGAAUAUCUUGAUAAACUGAGCAAAACAAGUAUUCCCAAUGGAAUUGUUGAAUUUAUCAAAAUGUGUACUUUGUCUUACGGAAAGGUCAAACUGGUUUUGAAGCAUAACAAAUAUUUUAUAGAAUCCGCAUUUCCAGAAGUUUUACAAACGUUACUAAAAGAUCGAACUAUUCAAGACUGCAGAAUCACGCGUAGUGUUGAUGAAGUUGAUAAAGAUGGAUUAAUUACUUGUAUUCAAGAGAAAUCCGAAGCCCUACAGUUUGGAUCGAAGCCAACUACAGCAGCAGCAACGGCAGCAACAGCAACAACGACAACAACAACUGAGACUUCCAGUUCUAGUAAAACAAUUCCGGAUGAAAUAGCAACUGUUUAUGAGAAAAUUGAUAAGGAAGAUGAGGACGAGGAGGAAGAGCAGCAAUUGAAAACUAUAAGUUUUGAAGUUAACCAAGAAAAAAUUGAAGUGAUACAGAAAAGAUGUAUAGAAUUAGAUCAUCCAUUAUUAGCCGAAUACGAUUUUAGAAAUGAUACAGUUAAUCCAAACAUAAACAUCGAUCUGAAACCUUCAGCAGUUUUGAGGCCAUAUCAAGAGAAGAGUUUGCGGAAAAUGUUUGGAAAUGGUCGAGCAAGAUCCGGAGUAAUUGUCCUGCCUUGCGGUGCGGGUAAAAGUUUAGUUGGAGUCACCGCUUGUUGUACAGUCAGAAAGCGAGCCUUGGUCCUUUGUAAUUCUGGUGUUUCCGUCGAACAAUGGAAGCAACAGUUUAAAAUGUGGUCCACUGCUGACGAUUCAAUGAUAUGUCGAUUCACAAGCGAAGCAAAAGAUAAACCAAUGGGUUGUGGAAUUUUAAUCACCACAUAUUCUAUGAUUACGCAUACUCAAAAGCGUUCAUGGGAAGCUGAACAAACGAUGAAGUGGCUUCAAGAUCAAGAAUGGGGAAUAAUGGUUUUAGAUGAGGUACACUCGAUACCUGCGAAAAUGUUCAGAAGAGUAUUAACGAUAGUUCAAUCGCAUUGCAAAUUGGGAUUGACUGCCACAUUGUUGCGUGAGGAUGAUAAAAUUGCAGACCUUAAUUUUUUAAUUGGCCCUAAACUGUACGAGGCUAAUUGGUUGGAAUUGCAAAAGCGAGGAUUUAUAGCAAGAGUUCAAUGCGCCGAGGUUUGGUGUCCAAUGACUGCGGAAUUUUAUAGAGAAUACCUCAAUUGUAAAAUGAGUAGAAAAUUGUUAUUGUACGUAAUGAAUCCGAAUAAAUUUCGAUACUGUCAAUAUCUCAUUCGAUAUCACGAGAGGCGUGGAGAUAAGACAAUUGUCUUCUCGGACAAUGUUUUUGCUUUGAAGCAUUACGCUAAGGAAAUGCAGAGACCUUUUAUUUACGGUCCAACGAGUCAGAGUGAAAGAAUACAAAUUCUUCAGAACUUCAAGUAUAAUAUAAAAGUGAACACAAUAUUUGUGAGUAAAGUCGCUGACACGUCUUUUGAUUUACCAGAAGCUAAUGUUUUGAUUCAAAUAUCGUCACACGGUGGAUCGAGACGUCAGGAAGCUCAACGAUUGGGAAGAAUUUUACGUGCCAAAAAAGGAGCAAUUGCUGAAGACUAUAAUGCCUUCUUUUACACUUUGGUUUCUCAAGAUACAUUCGAAAUGGAUUAUUCCAGAAGACGACAACAAUUUUUAGUAAAUCAGGGUUACGCUUAUAAAGUCAUCACCAAAUUAGCUGGAAUGGAUGAGGAAUCGGAUUUAUUUUACAAAACACGAGAGGAACAAAUACAAUUGCUGCAAAAAGUUUUAUCAGCCAGUGAUAUGGAUGCUGAUGAAGAAAGAAUUCCAGGAGAGGGUGGACGUUCCAUUGUUCGCAAAGCUGGAAAUAUGGCGUCAACUUCUGGAGCGGACGAUGCUGUUUAUUACGAAUACAAAAAAUUGAAUGCUAACGCACAAAGCAAACAUCCUCUAUUUAAAAAAUACAGGAACUAAAUCGUACAAUUCGGAUUUUGUAAGUUUUGUUUCACGCCCUAUUUAGUUAAUAAUUAUAUAAUUUUUUCAUCAAAAAAGUAAUUUAUUAUUAAGAAAUAUAUAAUUCGUAAGUUUA